CGCCAUAGCCAGAAUCCGUUUAAGCUUUUUGCAAAGGCCUUGUGCCUCUAAACCCACCACUCAUUUUCUCCUCCCGACGCGGCCGUCCUUUCUCUCUUUAUAUAUCUAUCUUGCAUAAAAUGGCUCUCAAGGCCGUCCAUGUCUCUGACGUUCCUCACCUCGAUCAGGUGCCGGACAAUGCCUUACUGGAAAUUUGCCCAAAUCGAGUCUCCAAAGGUGUGGAAUUGGGAGGGAAUGCGUUUAGAGCCUCGAAGUUCUUGGUUAUAGGGCAUAGAGGGAACGGUAUGAAUAUGUUGCAAUCUUCAGAUAGGAGAAUGAGAGCCAUUAAAGAGAAUUCGAUCCUAUCGUUUAAUGCCGCCUCUAAAUUCCCCAUCGAUUUUGUUGAAUUUGACGUUCAGGUUACAAAGGACAACUUCCCGGUCAUAUUCCACGACGAUUUUAUUCUCUCUAUAAAUAACGGCACUGUUUUUGAGAAAAGAAUCACAGAGUUAUCCCUCCCGGAAUUCCUGUAUUACGGUCCCCAAAAUGAUUCCCAGGAGGGAAAUUGCUUGCUUAGAAAAACUCAUGAUGGGAAGAUUGUCAAUUGGAAUGUUGAAACAGACGAUAGGCUUUGCACUCUGGAAGAAGCUUUUCAGAAAGUGGAAUCAUCUUUAGGCUUUAAUAUCGAGUUGAAAUUUGACGACCACAUUGUUUAUGAUCAUAGUUACCUUACUAGUGUUCUUCAGGCAAUCUUACAGGUGGUCUUUGAGAAUGCUAAAGAGAGGCCCAUCAUCUUCUCUACCUUCCUGCCAGAUGCAGCAUUGCUCGUCCGAAAGUUGCAGGCGACAUAUCCUGUUUUCUUCUUGACAAAUGGGGGAACCGAGCUGUAUCAUGAUGUGAGGAGAAAUUCUUUGGAGGAAGCUUUGAAACUUUGCUUGGAAGGUGGAUUGCAGGGGAUAGUAUCAGAAGUCAGGGGAAUUUUUAGAAAUCCAGGGACUGUUAAGAAGAUCAGAGAGUCAGAACUCUCCCUCUUAACCUACGGAAAACUGAACAAUGUGGCAGAAGCAGUUUACAUGCAGCAUUUGAUGGGAAUAGAGGGGGUGAUAGUUGAUCUUGUGCAAGAAAUGACAGAGGCGUUGGCGGAUCUUAUAACGUCGACGAAGGUGAUCGGGACGGGAGAAGAAGGGAAGGAGGAAGGAAGUGAGGGAAAUGAAGGAAAGGUCAAAGCUGAAGGGGACAUAAAGCCUCAGUUCUCGGAGAGGGAGCUUUCAUUUCUUUUGAAGCUCAUCCCAGAACUGAUAGAGCUCUAACAUUACUUUACAUAUUACAUUACACAACCAAGAAGAAGCAGCUUUUUUCUUACUGUUGUAUAUAAUUUUUGAAGUCACUAAAAUU